AUUCAAUAAUUAUCAUUAUAUAUCCUGAGGUGAUGAUAGCCAAUAUAUACUCACAACUCACGACCCAUAAAAUUACCAAAGAUCCGCCUUCGCUAUUCUCUCCUUAUGGCCACUCUCCAGCAUUCUUUAAUUUUCCGUUUGCUGGAAAUUCUGCUCUAUUCAUCGCUUUUAUUAGCUUUAUUUCCAUGCUUCACAGAGAAAAGCAAGGCCAUGGCCAACACUGAAGCCCAUUUUCAUAACGUUCAAAUUAGCUCUCUUUUGCCAGCCGCAAUUUGCAGUCACUCCACAGGUUCCACCCAGAGGCAGAGGCAAUCAGCAGCAGCACUGGAAGUUCAUCACAAUCACGGCCCAUGCUUUUCCCAGCAAACCCAAACCAAAUCCAGCCCACCACCCUUAUCCAACAUUCUCGCCCACGACCAAUCCAGAGUCAAAUCCAUCCAGGCCCGCAUCAACCCCAGCCCAAGCCCAAGCCCAUUCAAAAACACAAAAUCCAACCUCCCAGCCCAGCCCGGCAGAUCUUUCAACACUGGCAACUACAUCGUCAUCGUCCGCCUCGGCACCCCCGAAAAGCCCCUCUCCCUCGUUUUCGACACCGGCAGCGACCUCACAUGGACCCAAUGCCAGCCGUGCGCCAGGUCAUGCUACAAUCAGCGUGACCCCAUAUUCAACCCUUCCUCCUCCACCUCCUACUCCAACAUCUCCUGCACUUCCCCACAAUGCCCCCUCUUAUCCUCCGCCACCGGAAUUAACCCCGGCUGCUCGGGCGCCACCUGUCUCUACGCCGUGCAGUACGGUGACACCUCAUACUCUGUCGGCUUUUUCAGCAAGGACAAACUCACCGUCACACAACAAGACGUCUUCCCGGAUUUCCUAUUCGGGUGCGGAGAAAAAAAUCAAGGCCUGUUUGGGUCCACCGCGGGCCUAUUGGGCCUGGGCCGGGACCCGCUCUCGUUCGUGGCCCAAACAGCUGAAAAAUACGGGCAAUACUUCUCCUACUGUCUCCCUUCCGUCUCCAGCCUCACGGGGCAUCUCGCGUUCGGUAAAAGCGGCAGCGAGGCUCCAAAUAACGUCAAGUUCACGCCUUUCGCGGGCUCGCGGGGGAAUUCGUUUUAUUUUGUCGAGAUAGUCUCGAUUUACGUGGGCGGGGCACAGGUGGCGAUUGACCGCUCGGUUUUUCAGACAGCUGGCAGUAUUAUAGACUCGGGGACGGUUAUUACCCGGCUGGCACCGGGGGCUUACGGCCCGAUGAGCGCGGCUUUCCGGAGGCUGAUGGGGAAGUACGCGCGGACGGGGGCGUACUCGCUUUUGGACACGUGUUAUGAUUUGGGGAAUGCGACGAGUAUUGUGAUUCCGGCUGUGAAGUUUGUUUUUGAAGGGGAUGUGGAAGUGGAGCUGGCGGCGUCGGGGAUAUUGGUUGCCGUGGGGCCCACGACGGUGUGUCUGGCUUUUGCGGGGAAUAGUAGGGAGACCGAUGUGGGAAUAUUCGGGAAUACGCAGCAGAAGACGCUGGAGGUGGUGUAUGACGUGGCGGGGGGAAAAUUGGGGUUUGGGGCUGGGGGUUGUGAGUGAGUAGAGGUAAUUAAUUACUUGGAAUUGGAUGUCAUAAUGCUGAAUAAUGUGUUUGAAGAAAAUGUAUAAUCGAUUGAAAAUUUGAGAGAUGAACGAAUUAAGGAGAUCUCUCCUAACUAAUUUAUGAUUCCUAAAAAAAAUGAGAUCAUUGCGAUUGUCUUAGCUCCUUUCCUUCCCUAACAAAAAUCAUCUAUUGGGUCAAAAAAAUAUUUCAAUAUACUACCUUAUGGGAUCUUUUAGCUUUUGGGAUACUUCAAAAAAUUAUCCCGUGUAAGUGUGUUGCAUUAGAGUUAUUUGGGACACUUGUUUGGGACAUUUAAAA